CGCCCCAUUUCCGUUUUGUUAAGAUGUCAGCCGCCAUCGCCGCGCUUGCUUCGUAUGGUGGCUCCGAUUCUGAUUCCGACUCAGAUGCUGAGGGUAGGCCUAGCCACUCGGCUCAGGUCGCUGGCGAGGAUGCAGUGUUGCACCUUGCCUCGCCUAUCCCUGCCCAGCAAGCGCUACUGCCUGUAGUGGACUCGGCCCCGGCGGUGGCUGUCAAGGAAGAUGUGGAAACAGGGGUUCACCUUGAUCCAACUAUGAAGGAAGUUCAGUACAACCCAACCUAUGACACCAUGUUUGCACCUGAGUUUGGGCCAGUGAAUCCAUUUAGGACUCAGCAGAUGGCUGCACCUAGGAAUAUGCUUUCUGGAUAUACAGAACCAGCACACAUUAAUGAUUUCAUGUUUGAACAACAAAGAAGAACAUUUGCAACCUAUGGAUAUGCCUUGGAUCCCUCAAUAGAUAAUUAUGAAGUUUCUACUAAGUAUAUUGGUUCUGUUGAAGAAGCUGAAAAGAAUCAAGGUUUAACUGUGUUUGAAACGGGACAAAAGAAAACUGAGAAACGGAAGAAAUUCAAAGAGAAUGAUGCUUCUAACAUUGAUGGCUUCCUGGGGCCAUGGGCAAAAUACGUUGAUGAAAAGGAUGUUGCAAAACCUUCAGAAGAAGAGCAGAGGGAACUGGAUGAAAUAACAGCAAAGAGGCAAAAGAAAGGCAAACAUGAAGAUGACAAACCUGGAGAAGAGAAGACUAUUUUGCACGUCAAAGACAUGUAUGACUAUCAAGGGAGGUCCUAUCUUCAUGUUCCUCAGGACGUUGGAGUCAACCUACGUUCAACAGUACCCCCUGAGAAAUGUUAUCUUCCUAAGAAACAAAUCCAUGUAUGGUCUGGUCAUACAAAGGGAGUCAGUGCUGUCAGACUGUUUCCUCUUUCUGGCCACCUGCUGUUGUCUUGCUCCAUGGACUGCAAAAUUAAGCUCUGGGAAGUAUAUGGUGAGCGAAGAUGCUUACGAACUUUCAUUGGGCACAGUAAAGCUGUCAGAGAUAUAUGCUUUAACAAUGCUGGGAGUCAGUUUCUCAGUGCUGCAUAUGAUCGGUAUCUUAAACUCUGGGACACCGAGACAGGACAAUGUAUUUCAAGAUUCACAAACCGGAAAGUUCCUUACUGUGUCAAAUUCAAUCCAGAUGAAGAUAAGCAAAAUCUUUUUGUAGCAGGAAUGUCAGAUAAGAAAAUUGUACAGUGGGAUAUUCGAAGUGGAGAAAUUGUUCAGGAGUAUGACAGACAUUUAGGUGCAGUCAACACCAUUGUUUUUGUGGAUGAGAAUAGAAGAUUUGUGAGCACAUCUGAUGACAAGAGUUUAAGAGUCUGGGAAUGGGACAUUCCAGUAGAUUUCAAGUACAUAGCAGAACCAAGUAUGCACUCCAUGCCAGCAGUGACUUUGUCUCCAAAUGGAAAAUGGCUGGCUUGUCAAUCGAUGGAUAACCAGAUUUUGAUUUUUGGAGCUCAAAACAGAUUCAGGCUAAAUAAAAAGAAAAUUUUCAAGGGUCAUAUGGUGGCCGGUUAUGCUUGUCAAGUAGAUUUUUCACCUGACAUGAGCUAUGUGAUAUCAGGAGAUGCAGAUGGAAAACUGAAUAUCUGGGACUGGAAGACAACAAAACUCUAUAGUAGAUUAAAAGCCCAUGACAAAGUCUGUAUAGGUGCAGUGUGGCACCCACAUGAAACAUCCAAGGUGAUCACAUGUGGAUGGGAUGGUCUCAUUAAACUGUGGGACUGAAGGCUGUACUAUAGAAGUCUAAGCUUCGAAUCAGUUGGUGAACACCUUCAAUUUUGGAACACACAUUCUGCAGCAAAGGGACCUGAAAUUAGAACAUUAAGAUGAGUUGCUUCAGGUACUUCAGUAUUACAGUGCGCAUAGACCAUACUGGAAAUUCAAAAGACUUCAACCAAAAUGUUUCCAAGCUCAAACUAUGACAAGCUGAAAAUGCCCAUAUGAAGUGGCCUAAAAUGGAAAUUCAUUGAUAAGCUUGCAAUAUAUUUUAAAAUUAAAUUAAUUAAACUGGGAAGAUGUAUGUUUAGCUUUGUGUAUAAAGCUGAAGUAGAAACUUCCAUCGGCAAGUGCAGAAUUUGGAAGAAAAAUGAUUUUAUUUCAGUGUUACAUGAUGCACCUGUUUAUAAAUACUAUUUGGCAGUACUCCCCCGUUUGCAAGUACAUUGGAUAAUCCUGAGAUUGAUUUUGUGUGUGUGUGUAAUAGAAGUUGUUACUCAGAAUUGUUUUUGUAUUUAAUAGCAUUUCAUACUGAAAUGCAUGCACAAAGUGUGUGCGUGCACACACACACUAGUUUGUAGCCCCAGUUCUGUUUUCUCUGCAGGAACAACCCCCUCCCCCCCAAAAAAAACCGAACAGCCCUGCUUGAAAAUAUAGAGAGGGGUCUGGUGCAGAGAACUGUUUGUUGCUGUGUUUGUAGAGCCCCUCUCUCAAUAUUUUCUUGAAAGCAGAGGAACAAUGUAGUCCAGGACACUUCUCACCAAUUUUCCAUUUUGUGGAGCAGGCAGAUACAGAUGAUGGAUUUUAUUGGAGAAAUAAAAUAAAUUUAAAUAAAAUAAAUAAAGGGGGUGGUCAUAAGGUGUAUUUACUGACUCCUGCCCCCCAAUAAAAACCCUUUCCAUUUGAAUUGGGUGGGCUAUGGCACAGGGGAGCUAAAGGGAAAAUCUCCAAAAAGUGAGGGGAGGUAUCUUCUGUGUGGGGGAGCCUGAUAUUCAACAAACCACACUCUCCUUUUCAGCCCCCCCCCCAAUUUGGCAAGGGCCCCUUGCUCUUGGGAGAGGCUGCUUGGGGGUAGGAAGGUCACUUUACACCCCACCACCUUCCAUAGGCAUUUCUCUAGAUCCAGCCCUUUGUAUUUGCAGAUGCAUGGACUGGAGUACAUGUCAAGAAACAGUGGUUUCAUUUUUAUUAUGACUGCUUUUUUCAAUUACUCCUGAUAACUCAGGUCGCUAUUCUUAUUCAAAGAUUUGGUUUGUACAAUAAAAGAAAUCCAAAGAACAUUAUGUAUGUACGUAUAUAAAAUGCUUAACAAGUAAUUCAUCAAAUACUGUUUUAGCAUAAGCCCCAUUCAGCCAGUGGAGCUUGUGCAAUUAGUGAGUUACUGCCUUUAUGAAAAUACUUCAAAGAAGGUAUCAUUGGAAGCACACAGCAACUUCAUUGCCAUUUGACCACCUAAGUCUUGUAAAUGGGCACUUUAAUAUCUAUUUUGCUUUUAUAGAUUGUUUGUUUUGUGCUAAACUACUGUACAUAUGUAUCAAUCCUUUUUACAGAACUUAUUUUUAAUAAAUGUUUUAUAUUAAAAGUGGAUUUCAACUUAGUAUAACAUCUCUAGCAUUGUCCAAGGCUGUUUUUUUUUUUAAACAACUCUUUAUUUGGUGUUGAAGUUGUAACUGCCUAGUUCUCUGUGGUGCCAGGGUGUGAAUUUAUCUCUCAUUGAAUUGAUAUUAAAAUAUUAUGGAAGAA